AUGGUCCUUGGACUGUCAUCAUUCCGGCUGGCAUCACGCCUUCCAACCGUCCUUCUCGCCAUCAUAUCUGUCUUGGGAUCUGUGUCCGGCGUCAGAGCAGCGGACUUGGGCAGUGCCCUCGCUGGACAAACAAAUCUCACCACGUUUCGCGUCACCAUCGCCGCCCCCAACGACGACGCCUUCGACAAACUCGGCAACUAUGACGAAUGGCGCGAAAACAAAACCCACGUCGAGGCCGUCCUGAAAUACCACGUCAUGACCUCGAUAGUCUCUAUGCCCUCCAUCAUCAAAGGCGACUCGAUCUGGGCACCCACGCUCCUGACCGACCCGAAAUUCUCCCCCAUGAAAGGCGGCCAACGCAUCAUCCUGACCAAGCAACCCGGCGGGGAGGUCGUCUUGACAUCUGGCUUCGCCAACCGCGGCACCGUCGUCGUGGAAGACGUUGAAUGGGACAAGGGCCUCAUCCAGGUAACCGACUCGGUCAUGCGCGUCCCCGAAGGGCUCGAGUCCACAGCCCGCAACGCCUACCAUGACAUGACCUCCUUUCUCGGCGCCCUCUUUGCAACCGGUCUCUACGACGAGGUCAUCCUCCCGGCCAAAGAGGUCACAAUCUUUGCCCCAACCAACGCUGCCUUUCAAAAACUGGCGAGCACGCUCCCUGCCCUGUCGAAAGACGAGCUUAAAUCUGUGCUCCGGUAUCACAUCGUUCCCGGGCAGGUGUCUCAGAUAUGGGAACUGCGGAACGAGUCUAGUCUUGUUACCGCGGAGGAUAAGCACUCGAUUCGUGUACUGAGGCACAGCAAUUUUAUAUUUGUUGAUGCUGCGCAAGUUUUGCAGGCUGAUAUUCUUGUUGCGAAUGGGGCGGUGCAUUUGGUGGAUAAUGUGUUGAAUCCGAAGGGGGGGAAUAAUGGGACCAAGGGGCCGGAUGUAGAGGCUGUGGUGCAGAGUCCCGCUUUCAGGGUGGUGGGUACGGAGACGGUGACGGGGACGGGGGUGCCGACGCCGUGGACGGAGUUCUUGCCUUGUACGGUUUCUUGUCCUGUGACGGAGACGGUUACGAGGACCGACCCGACGGUUAGUGUGACGAGGAGUGUUGUUGUUAAUCAGGGAGGGGUGGGGCCUACUUCUACGAAUGGGGGGUUGGGGGCGAGGUGUACAGGGUUGGUUGGGGUGGGUAUGGGGGUUGUGGUUGGGGUUGUGGGGUUGGUUGCUCUAUAG